GGAAGGUGUUCUGGUCACUUGCCCUUUCCCACCCCAACCCCCUUCGUCCGCUCUUAUUGGGUGCCUUGCUACCUCAAGCAGCUUAACCCUCAACCAGGCCAGAAUCCAACCAUAACUCCAUGGAUCCCAGAGGCAUCCUGAAGGCAUUUCCCAAGCGGAAGAAAAUCCACAGCAAUCCAUCAGCAACACUGGAAAAGGUUCCCAAGAGGGAAGUGGGAGAAGCAGCAGGAGAGUGGCUGAGCUCCUUGCAGGCCCAUGUUGUGCCCACUGGCAUUGGGCGAGCCCGGGCAGAACUCUUUGAGAAGCAGAUUGUCCAGCAUGGUGGCCAGAUAUGCCCUGCUUGGUCCCCAGAAGUUACUCACAUCGUGGUGGAUGAGGACAUGGACUAUGAACGUGCCCUUCGCCUGCUCAGACUACCCCGGCUCCCCCCCGGUACUCAACUAGUGAAAUCAUGCUGGCUGAGCCUGUGCCUUCAGGAAAGGAGGCUGGUGGACACAGAAGGAUUUGGCAUCUUCAUUCCUGACAGGUGCUUGGACCAACCAGAGCUCAGCAAAGCAGACCAAGGCUCUUCAACUUCUCCUGGAGCCCAUGAGGCUAUGCUCAGAGCAGUCCCCUCUCCCUCAGCUCAUCCCACAAGACCUGUGGCUCCUCCCCAGAAGGCAGAAGAAGCUCCAAGGCCCCAAAACCAGCUUGACUCCGAUGAUGAAACCAGCGAUGGGGACAACACCAAGGUUAGCGCAGCUGAUCUGGAAGCCCUGAUCAGUGGCCACUACCCCACAACCGCUGAGGGAAAGGGUGAGCCUAGUCCAGCCCCUGAAGGCCUGGCCAAAUGGGUCUGUGCACAGCCCUCCAGCCAGAAGGCUACCAACCACAACCCCCACAUCACAGAGAAGCUGGAAGUGCUGGCCAAAGCCUACAGUGUUCAGGGAGAUAAGUGGAGGGCACUGGGCUAUGCCAAGGCCAUCAAUGCUCUCAAGAGCUUCCACAAGCCUGUUACCUCCUACCAGGAGGCCUAUGGUAUCCCUGGGAUUGGGAAGCGGAUGGCUGAGAAGAUUGUGGAGAUCCUGGAGAGUGGGCAUCUGCGGAAGCUAGACUAUAUCAGUGAGAGUGUGCCAGUCUUAGAGCUCUUCUCCAACAUCUGGGGAGCUGGAACCAAGACUGCCCAGAUGUGGUAUCAUCAGGGCUUCCGAAGCUUAGAAGACCUCCACAACCAGGCCUCCCUGACGACCCAACAGGCUAUCGGCCUGAAGCAUUAUGCUGACUUCCUGGAACGCAUGCCGAGGGAAGAGGCCUCAGAGAUUGAGCAGACAGUCCGAGAGUCAGCUCAGGCCUUGAACCCUGGGCUUCUGUGUGUCACAUGUGGUUCCUACCGACGGGGGAAGGCAACCUGUGGUGACGUGGACGUGCUGGUCACUCACCCAGAUGGCCGGUCUCACCAGGGCAUCUUCAGCCGCCUCCUUGAUGGCCUUCGGCAGCGAGGGUUCCUCACAGAUGACUUGGUGAGCCAGGAAGAGAAUGGCCAGCAGCAGAAGUACCUGGGUGUGUGCCGGCUUCCAGGGCCCGGCCAGCGGUACCGACGGCUGGACAUCAUCGUGGUGCCCUACAGUGAGUUUGCCUGUGCACUACUCUACUUCACUGGCUCUGCGCACUUCAACCGCUCCAUGCGGGCCCUGGCCAAGACCAAGGGCAUGAGUCUGUCUGAGCAUGCCCUCAGCACAGCCGUGGCCCGGGAUGCUCAGGGCCUCAAGGUGGGGCCUGGCAGAGUGCUGCACACCCCCACAGAGAAGGAUGUCUUCCGGCUCCUGGGCCUACCCUACCGAGAGCCAGCAGAACGGGACUGGUGACCCCUGCUCCGGGGAGGAGUUGCCGGGCUGGACUGCUACUCCCAUGGCCAUCCAGUACUGCUCUCCAGCCCCUGCUGGCUGAACCUGCCACUAGUCAUCUAGGCCUGGGCCAAAGGACCAGCUCGGCUCCCAGAGCCUGCCCAACCCUCUCCCCUUACACAGCAGCCACCAUCUACCUCACCUGCCUCUGGAAGAUUCGCACAUAGCUCCUUGCCCCCUUUUAAACAGAUGCAGGUGGCUGGUUUGAAGGCAGCUUCCUGUGCUGAAGGCUUCCCCAUCCUCACCUGAGGGAGGUUUUUGCUGCUGCUGGGGGUGGGUGCGGGGCUGCUGUGGCCUGGUAUUACCCCGGUCCUCUGGAGCAGGAGUCACUGGGGGGGGGGGGGGGUCCUCCCUCCACCUUCUUCCCUGUGCAACAGGAGGGGAGGCUCUGUGUGGUGGCCUUUGGAGGCCCAGAGACCCAGUAAAGUGCACUUGACAUUCA